AUGGUCGAUUCUACUAUCCUCCUAUACUGUGCGCUUCUUGUCGCCGCUGCCUGGCUGCUGCGCAUGCAGUCUAGCCAACGCAGUACCUAUCGUACUUUAGGCAACGUACCGGGACCGUCGUCGCACUCUUGGCUGAAAGGCAAUUUCAUGAAGUUCUUCGACCGUCAUGGGGGGACCUUUCAGCAAGAUGUGGCACUCAACUACGGCCCAAUCGUGCGACUCGAAGGUCGUUGCGGCCGGAAAAUAUUAUAUGUCUCGGAUCCAAAGGCGUUGCAUACAAUGCUCAUAAAAGAGGAGAAUGUAUAUGAGGCGACUGACGCAUUCUUCGCAUCCCGAAGAUUGAUAUUUGGAGAGUGCCUUCUAGCGACUGCCGGUGAACAUCAUCGAAGACAAAGGAAGAUACUGAAUCCUGUCUUCUCUGUCAGUCAUAUGCGACACAUGCUGCCCAUAUUCUACAACAUCAUUUUCAAACUUCGGGAAGUAGUUCGUACCAAAGUGGAGGCGGGAAAGAGUGAGGUCGAUGUGUUGGAAUGGACCGGCCGCGCUGCGCUGGAGCUCAUUGGACAAGGGGGCCUUGGAUAUUCGUUUGACCCACUGGCGACGGACACAGAGACGAGGAAUGAAUAUGGCGAUGCUCUCAAGGCCUUGAAUGCAAACCUCAUGCAGGUCGAAAUAUUCAUCCGGUAUGCAGACGUGCUUAUAGAACUGGGACCGCGGCGUUUCCGCCGAUUUGUCACGGAUAUAUUUCCACACCCGCACCUACAGCGCGUCAAGGAUGUGAUCGACACGAUGGACGAGAAGUCUCGAGCGAUAUUCAGGGAGAAGGAGACUGCACUGGAGAAUGGGGAUAAAGCGGUAUUACACCAAGUCGGCGAGGGGAAGGAUAUCAUGAGUGUCUUUAUCAAAGCAAACAAUGCGGCAUCAGAACAAGACAGGCUUCCCGAGAAUGAGCUGAUUGCUCAGAUGUCUCUGUUACUUUCCGCCGCUACAGACACCACCUCGAACACGUUGAGUCGGAUUCUUUACUUACUGGCAGAGCACAGAGAGCUUCAGAGCAAGCUGCGCGAAGAGAUUCUGGAGUCUGAUGCAGGGAGCGGUAAUAUCUCUUACGACGAGCUGAACAAGCUUCCCCUGUUGGAUGCCGUCUGCAGGGAGACUUUGAGACGGUAUCCUCCGGUGACAAAUCUGGUUCGGGCACCUAGGAAGGAUUCUGUACUUCCGCUGUCUGAACCGAUCUGCGGUGUUGACGGGACAAUGAUGAAGGAAGUGGCUAUCCCGAAGGGCACAGAACUCCUUAUCGGUACGUUCGGGUGCAACGUCAACAAAGCGCUGUGGGGCGAGGAUUCCCUCGAGUGGAAGCCCGAGCGCUGGCUCUCCCCUCUGCCUCGCGCUGUGACUGAGGCCUCGAUCCCUGGUGUCUAUUCCAAUUUGAUGUCCUUCAUGGGAGGCAAGCGUGCAUGCAUCGGAUUCAAGUUCUCAGAGAUGGAAAUGAAGGUUGUUCUGUCUGUCAUGCUGUCGAACUUCACCUUCGAGUUAACAGACAAACCGAUUGAGUGGAAUAUCGGGGUUGUAUGGUAUCCGACAAUCGGGAGGCACAGCGAUCUACCUCAACUGCUUCUCAAGGUGGGGUUAUAUAAAGCCUGA